AUCGUUCAUUCACAAACUUCUAUCCAAGUGCGUAACGUUUCAAUAUGCAGAAAAUUAUUUUGGUUAUCCUUGUGGUAGUGUCUUUAGCCCAGGCGAAGACAUUCACGAGAUGCGGCCUGGUAAAAGAGCUGAGGAGGCAAGGCUUUCCGGAAGACAAGAUGAGGAACUGGGUUUGCCUCGUAGAGAAUGAGAGUAGGAGGCGGACAGAUAUCACCGGCAAGGUGAACAAGAACGGCUCCCGGGACUAUGGCCUCUUCCAAAUCAACGACAAGUACUGGUGCAGCAACACUAGCACCCCUGGGAAAGACUGCAACGUUACUUGUAGCCAGCUCCUGACUGACGACAUCACUAAAGCCUCCAAAUGCGCGAAGAAGAUAUUCAAACGUCACGGGUUCAUGGCGUGGUAUGGCUGGCGCAACCACUGCGACGGGAAACCUCUUCCUGACAUUAGUAGUUGUUGAAAUAAUUUUAAGAUCAAAAAAGUUUUUGUGUCUUCUUAGGUGUUAAAUUUAAAGUAAAAUGUGUUAACUUGAGGCUUUUCCAAGGAUUAUAACAAUGUUCAUAAUUUUAUGCAUUGUAUACUUAGAAAGAUCAUCCGAUAAAAUUACAGUAAUUUAAAAAAAAUCAGUUGGUUAUUAAAAUGGUUAAUUCGAUCACAUAAAACAUUUUUAAACUUAUAA